AAGCAACAGUGAGUGUCUCUGUCCUUGCCUCUCAAUUUGCUUUCCUGUGUCCAGUGAGUAUCUUCCUGCCUGAAUGGGAGCUUUAUCCUACUGGUGCUGAGGAAGGCAGGGUCUGUGUAGCUGCUCCAGUCUAGGAGGGACAUGAUUCUCCUCCCUCUCUCCAUGUUGCUCCUGCUCACACAGCCCUGGAGAUCUCUGGGAACAGAAAUGAAGAUCUAUUCCCAGAAAAUACUAGCCAACGCCUGUACCCUGGUUGUGUGUAGUCCCCCGGAGGAUGACUUGCCUGGUUGUGAUGGACAAGAUGGAAAAGAAGGCCCCCGGGGGGAGAAGGGAGAUCCAGGGCCUCCAGGCAUGCCUGGUCCAGCUGGGAGAGAGGGUCCCUCAGGGAGGCAGGGGAGCAUGGGACCUCCGGGCACACCAGGCCCCAAAGGAGAGACUGGGCCCAAAGGAGGAGUGGGUGUCCCAGGCAUGCAGGGCUCCCCAGGCCCCGCAGGUCUCAAAGGAGAGAUAGGUGCCCCUGGUGAGCCAGGAGCCCCUGGACGUGCUGGGGCGGCAGGGCCUGCUGGAACCAUAGGUCCACAGGGGCCUUCAGGUGCCAGGGGCCCCCCAGGACUAAAGGGGGACAGAGGUACUCCUGGAGAAAGAGGAGAAAAGGGUGAGAGUGGGCUUACAGAGGUCAAGGCUGUCAGGCAGCAGGUGGCAGUCUUAGAGGGACACCUGCGACGCCUCCAAAAUGCCUUCUCUCACUAUAAGAAAGCGGCGCUCUUCCCAUCUGGCCUGGCUGUCGGGGAGAAGAUCUUCAAGACAGCAGGUGUUGUAAAAUCAUAUUCGGAUGCCUGGCAGGUCUGCAGUGAGGCUAAGGGACAGCUGGCCUCCCCACGCUCUGCAGCCGAGAACGAGGCUGUGACACAGCUGGUCAGAGUCCAGAACAAGCCCGCUUACCUGAGCAUGAAUGACAACACCACGGAGGGCAGGUUCACCUACCCCACAGGGGAGUCACUGGUCUAUUCCAACUGGGCCAGCGGGGAGCCCAACAACAGCGAUGAAGGAAAACCAGAGAACUGUGUGGAGAUCUUUCCUGAGGGCAAGUGGAAUGACGUACCCUGCAGUAAGGAACUCCUCGUGAUCUGCGAGUUUUGAGGCUCCCCCCACCCCAGCUCCAGCCCAGGGAGGAAGUGGGCAGUGCCCAGAGCUGUGAGCUGCCAACAUCCCAAUAAAAAGGUGACCCUCAGCUGCUCACGGCUUCCCCACUGAGCCAUGGGAUGAGGCCACAAGGCAGGCCUCCUAUGGAACUCCUCCCUCAGAAUAAAGUUUGCAACUGGC